UUAAUUUAAAUUAGAAUAAGAUAGAUUAGCUAGCGCAUUCAUGUUUCUUAAUAGAUUUAAGUUCGGCACUUUUUGCCGUAAGUACCAUGCUACGACUUCUACAGUUAAUGUGAGUAAUUUGCAAUCGGAUGCAUUUAACUCUAUUAACACAGAUCAUACACCAUUUGCCAAAAGCUUUUAUGUAGGGAAUUUUAUGACGAGUGUUUUUUCAUUGAGCCAAAAACAUGCAAGUGUUCCAAAUAGUAAAAAUUUGUUUGGUGUAAUUGUACCUAAAGAAUUUGGAGGUACAAAAUUUUCUGCUGCUGAAAUAUCAGCAGCUUAUAAAUCUAUAGGGUUGUCGCAAUAUAAACCUUAUUUGGCACAUGGAAGUGUAGUAAAAUGUAUAUUAAAAUAUGGAACUGAAGAUCAGAAAAAUAAAUAUUUACCAUUAUUAGCAUCUGGUGAAAAUAUUGCAACAUAUUGUUUGUAUGAAUCUGAACAGGGGUAUGAUAUUCAAAAUACUAAUACUAAAGCUUCAUUUCAUAAUAAUCAUUGGGUUAUAAAUGGGUCAAAAAAUUGGGUUGUCAAUGCUAAACAAGCAGAUACUCUGUUAAUAAUAGCUAAGACAAUGGAUGAAUGUAACAGACCAGAAAAUAAUAUUCAGUUUUUCAGUGCAUUUCUUGUUAAGAAAUCAUCAAUUGGUAUAACAGUAAUUGAAAAUGGUGAUCAUUGUGAUGUAUUAUUUAAUAACGUCAAAGCUGAAUGUAUGUUAGGUCCAGAAAAUGAAGGUUUACUGUUGUAUUCAUUAUUAUUUAAUUCAGAUUUCUUAGAAUCUGCUUCUGCUACAGUUGGUGAAAUAAAAAAAAUUACCAAAAUUAUUUCUCAAGAUACAAGAUUUAAAAAUCCAUUAAGUAUUACCAAAUUUGGUCAUAUUUACAGUAAUCUGUUUUCUAUGAAUUGUAUUUUAAAUUUUACAAAUUUACUAUUAGAUUCUCUUAAGGUAGAUGAUUAUGAACAAAUACUAGCACGAUUAUUUGUUACUAAAGCAGCUUAUGCAUGCAUAGAUUUAUUUGAUGAUUUAGGAUUACCUAAAGACAUGUAUGAACAUAUUCAAAAUUCUUUAUUAUUUGAUGGUAGAGGUAAUUUACUUAUAUAUGUCGGAUCAUUAUUAGGAAUUCAAUAUGCAGGACAGUUUAUGGCAAAUGAUAUUAAACAAUUAAGAAAUCCUUUGAUGUUUCCUAAAUAUACAUUAAAUCAUAUUAUUAAAAUACAGAAAUCUUUAAAAGACAAACCAAAAUUAAGAAAUUUUCUUGGUCAAUAUUUACACCCAUCUCUAAAAAAACAAGCUUCUGAUCUGGAAUAUUGUCUAAGUAGAUUACAAUUUGCAGUACAAAACAUGUUCAUUAAUCUUGGACCGGAUACAUUUCAUUAUCAAAUGGUGCUUGAACGAGUUAAUAGUGUUGCUUUAAAUAUUUAUGCUAUGACAGCAAUCUUACAUUAUGUAUCGGAACAUUUAUCAAAAUCUAACUCACAAAUAUACCCAACAGAAUUAGUUUUCGCUAAUGUUUUUUGUAACACUUUACGUUCUCAAUGUAGUGAAAAAGUAAAUGAAAUAUUAAAUUCUCCACAUAAUGUGACUGAUCCCCUUUAUAAAUCUCUUGCUCAACAACUAUUUGUUGAAAAAAAUUAUUUUCUAGAACAUCCUCUAAAAAGAAAUAUUUUUUAAAUUUUAUGUAAAAUUAAAAUAAAAGUUUUAGCUUGUAUAAGUUAUCUAGUAGUUAAUGCCAUUUUUGUUAAAUUUUUGUUUGUUUCCUAAAUAUUAUUA